UUGGCAAGGUCUUAUAAAUUAGUGUCAACUUAGCCAUGGAUAAUCCAAAAUCUAACUGCCGUCACUUGUCCUUUUCUUGAGAUGAAAUCUGUGUCUCUUCUAUAUAACAUAUGCAGUUCAGAGAUGUAAUGGUGCAUUCUAAAAUUCCUCUGAUUUUGAAACUUUCUGAUUUAGAGAUGGCAAAGCUUCUAAUGAUGGUCUUAUUUAUCAUUACUUUUCUUGCUCUUACAUCAGCUUUGCCCAAGUGCCAACAGCGUUGCGUUAAUGUGUUCGGCCAAACUUGCAGAAACUUGAAAGAUACGACUAAGUGCAAGUUUUUGUGUUCAUAUUUCUAUCCAGGUCGCCUAUGUGACGCAGGUUUCUAUUGUGAAAAUACAUAUGGCCCUCAAAUCAACUGCAAAUGCACCUAUGAAUGUCAAAACCAGAAAAAUGCCAUCAACACCUAAUAGUGAUACUGACUUGUUGUAUCCCUAAUCUCUUAGUAAAAAAAUUGGUGUUGGCGAAGUCAAAAAUUAAAGCUUAUGAGUUUGGAAUUUUAGUCCUUUUAAGUUACUUCACUCUAAAUUAAUAAUUCUUAAAUGAAUUGUUUAAUACAAAUACAAGAUUUGAAUCAAAGCUACUGAGUUCUGACGAA